AUGGAUCCGUCUAAAUUCACUGGGUGUCCAAGCAGUACCCAUCCGAGCCAUGGUUCAGCUGCUGAGAGUGAUGCUGCAAGACAGACCACAGGUGGGGCAGCCAUUCCAGAAGGCCAUUCCAAGAGAGUAGAAUUCCCAAGUGGUCCAGCAGCCAGUAAAUGCUCCACCACAGUGGACUCAGCGGAAAGGGAGACUAGCGAGUCUCACCCUGCAUCUGUGUGCCGUAGCCUGGAGAGGUCAAAGGGCAAGUCACGGCGGGUUCGGACAGCGUUCACCUUGGAUCAACUACACAUUCUAGAACAUAGUUUCCACAGCAGCCACUACCUGUCUGUGUUCGAGCGCUACGCCAUCGCCUUGAUGCUCUGUCUCACAGAGACUCAGGUUAAGAUCUGGUUCCAAAACCGACGCACCAAGUGGAAGAAAGAGUGUGAGGGGAAAGGGCUGCAUGAGCAGCAGCUCCAGUGCUGGGAUGGAGGUGUAGAGGGACAGGACACCACAGGUGUCCAGACACAGGUGAGACAGGCUGGACCUAUGGAACAUGGGAGAGAGUGGGAGGAAGAGAGAAAGGACGUUAUGAUGGACGACGCUGGUACGGAGGUGAAGGAGAUCAAACCAAAGAAGAAGAAAUCCAUAGAGGAGGUGGAGGCAGCCAGGGCAAAGAAAGCCGCAGAGAAGGAGGCCAAAGCCAAGAAGCAGAAAGCCAACAAGGCGCCCAAAGCCCCGAAACCCACUAAAAAACCCAAAGCCACCAAGGCACCCAAGAAGCCCAAGGCCACCAAGGCACCUAAUGUCACAAAGCCCAAAGCUACCAAGGCCUCCAAGAUAACAGCACGGAAGGAGGAGGGGGUGAAGCCGGUGACCAGAAGACCCAGUCUGGAAGAGGAGGAGGAGAAACUCCUGAUUGAGCUGGGCUGGGACAGACUAGACAGCAGACCCUCGGGACCCACACCUCCCUCUGCUGGCUCCAAGACCCUGACAGAGCAUGGUCAAGAUUACUGGGACACCAAACUGGACAGAGAGAGGACCACCACUGAGGUCAUCAUGUAUGUACCAGAGGAAACCACAGUGCCCUGGUACGAAGAGUAUGAUUAUGCAGACUUGGCAGCUAAAAAACUCGAGGAGGAGGCAGAGAAAGCUCACAAGGAGAAGGAGGAAAAAGUGAAGCGGCUGAGGAAGAAGUGGGAGGAGGAAGAGGAGGAGAGGCUGAGGAAGAUCCUGGUACGCGCCGAACCCAAGAAAUGCCCUCCUCUAGGUCUGGAGUCCCAUCGUGUUGACGAUGACCAGCUGCUGGCCUCUUCUCAGUCUCACCACGGCUUCUCUGCUCAGCGGGGCAGGCUCAACAUGCAGAGCUCCGGUAAUGAGGAGGGUGUGUACGGGGGUGCGUGGUGUGCUGAGCCAGAGGAGAAGAACCACUGGUUUGAGGUGGACGCUCGCAGAGAGGUGGAGUUCACUGGAGUCAUUGUACAGGGCAGGAACUCAGACACAGCUGAAGAUUUUGUGUCCACGUUCUACGUGUCCUUCAGUAAUGACAGUCGUGAUUGGACGGUGCUCCAUGAUGGCUAUGCUGAGUGGUUGUUCUAUGGGAAUGUGGAUCGGGACUCUCCAGUGAUGGUGCAGUUUGAUUGGCCAACAGUGGCACGUUACAUCCGUAUCCUUCCCCAGAGCUGGAACGGCAGCCUGUGUCUCAGAGUUGAGGUCAUGGCCUGCCAACUGACCAGCAGCUUCCGUAGUGAGAAUGAGGUCAACCCCACAGACAACCUGGACUUCAGACACCACAACUAUAAGGACAUGAGACAGAUGAUGAAGGUGAUAAAUGAGGAGUGUCCGAACAUCACUAGGAUCUAUAACAUUGGGAAGAGCUCUGCAGGCCUGAAGAUGUAUGCCAUGGAGAUCUCUGACAACCCCGGGGAACACCAGACAGGUGAGCCGGAGUUCCGCUACACGGCGGGUCUCCAUGGUAACGAGGCACUGGGGCGGGAGCUGCUCCUCCUGCUGAUGCAUUUCAUGUGUAAGGAGUAUAAUGACAACAACCCCAGAGUGCGCCGCCUGGUGGAGGGAGUAAGAAUACACCUGGUUCCCUCACUCAACCCAGACGCCUACGAACUGGCCUACGAGAUGGGCUCUGAGAUGGGGAACUGGGGUCUGGGCCACUGGACUGAGGAGGGAUACGAUAUCUUCCAGAACUUCCCGGACCUCAACAGUGUUCUAUGGGGGGCAGAGGACAGAGGCUGGGUCCCACGCAUUGUACCUAAUCACCACAUCCCACUCCCAGAGAACUUCCUCAAUGGCUCGGUUGCCCUGGAAACCAAAGCCAUUAUUAACUGGAUGGAGCGGACCCCAUUUGUGUUGGGAGCCAAUUUGCAGGGUGGAGAGAAAGUGGUGGCGUACCCGUUUGACAUGCAGCGACCUCCAAAGGCUACAGGAGUGGGUUCUGUUCUGACUGGAAUAAGAUGAAUCAGCACUGGCAGGGCCGGAUUACCGAACAAGCACUACCAUGAGAUGAAUGAGGAAACGUGGGCCCGGAUGCAGCGUCAGAACGGGGACGCGCUACGAGAGACGUCUGACGACACCAUGUUCCGCUGGCUGGCCAUGUCGUACGCCCACAGCCACCUGACCAUGACGGAGACCCAGCGGGGCUCCUGCCACACCGACGACAUCUCUGGGGGACAGGGCAUCAUCAACAGGGCCAGCUGGAAACCUGUGGUGGGAAGUAUGAAUGACUUCAGCUACCUGCACACUAACUGCUUUGAGCUGUCUGUCUUCCUGGGUUGUGACAAGUUUCCUCAUGAGAGUGAGCUGCCUCUGGAGUGGGAGAACAACCGGGAGGCACUACUGUCCUUCAUAGAACAGGUGCAUCGUGGGAUAAAGGGCAUAGUGAGGGACAUGGAGGGUAAACCCCUGGCCAACGCCACCAUUUCUGUGGACGGCGUCAAGCACGAUGUCAAGACUGCUGCGGCCGGUGACUACUGGCGGUUGUUGAACCCCGGGGAGUACCGUGUGACGGCACGCGUCGACGGCCACACGCUCCAGACCCGGCUGUGCAUUGUGGGCUACGACUCCGGGGCUACCCCCUGUAGCUUCACCCUGGCCAAGUCCAACUGGGACCGAAUUAAGCAGAUUAUGGUCCUCCACGGCAAGAGACCCAUACGGCUUGUUACCAAAGCACCCCUCCGGGCAGGAAGUGACAUCAGCGGUGGGUCAGUUGGCAGAGUAGACGCAACAAAGACGGGUUCCAGUGGCGGGAUGGGCGGUACGUUGGCCAACUCCCAGAAUACAGAGCGUCUCCGGCGGUUACGGCUGAUGCGCCUGCGCAAGAUGCACCAGCAGAGACUCAGGGAUAAUCUCUCCACCACCACGACCGUUGCCACCACGACCACCACGGCGGCCCCCACAACGGUGGCGGAGCUGGAGACAGAGAGCACUACUUCCUGGUAUGACUCGUGGUUCCCUGUGGAGAGUUCGUACACAGAGCCCACACCUGCCGAGGUCCUCACAGAGAUACAGGAUUCAGAGCCUACACAGGACUACACCUUUGAGUACAAGUUCGAUGAUUACUAA